AUGUCUUCAAAGAAAAAUAACGAAGGGGAGAUCACUUCCAAUGGGUCGGACUCAUCGUCGGUGGUGUAUCAAUCGCCGUUUCCCAUCACAGGCCCGGAGGUUCAGCAUGGGGGUCGAACCUACCGGCUUGUGACAAAAAAGGACUUUUUCACGUUUCGCGAAUUUGCCGAUUCUCUGGACGGCUUUGAGAUGCAGUACAACCGCCAAAACGAGUUUAUUUCUUGGAAUAAGAAAGUGGCGGGAGAGCCGAUGCGCAUCAUUAAGGUGUUUGGCGUCCUUCCCAAUGUAAUUCCGGCGACGCUGUACGAUAUGCUGCAGGAUGCAACGUUCCGUGCAUUGUGGGACACUCACCGCAUUGAUGCGUUUCGUGUUGUGAAACUUGACGAAAACAACGAUAUAGGUUACUACGCGGCUAAAAGCCCGGUACCUGGAGUCUCAAACCGCGACUUUGUAAAUCAACGUGCGUGGAUUAACUCGGGAAAUAAUGAGUAUGCCAUCUUCAAUACAUCUGUUCCCCAUCGAGACGUGCCAAUUGAUUACCUGAAGGUAAAUAAGGUUAGCAGUGAUUCGGUGGUGCGUGGGAUUUCAAAGAUAACGGGGUAUUUGAUUCGUCCCUGGGUGGAUAAUAAAGGUGCGCUUGGUUCCUGCAUCACUUACGUCACACAGUGUGACCCUGGCGGUUGGAUCCCCGCACCGUUGAUUAACUACAUCAGCACCAAGGUUGCCCCCAGCACCCUCAAGACCGUCGCACAGGCAGCAGCACAGUUUCUGGAGUGGCUACCGAAGCAGGAAAAUUACGUUAAGGAUUGGCCUGAAACAGCGGAUCCAUUUGACACACCCGUGAAGAACGAGACAAUUGCGUUUGCAAAAAAGAAAUGGAGUGCAAAUGGACACUUGGACAAGAAAAAUGCGAGCGAUGAGAGGUUGGUGCAGUGA